AUGGACGAUUCAUUAGAAUUUACAUUAGAAUAUUAUUUUGAAGAUUCAGAAAGAGGGCAAGCUGCAAUUGAACGAAUUUCAAAGGAUCAUCUAGAAAAAUUCUCACUUUUAGUCCCAAUAAGAAAUUUGGAUAUAAAUUUAGAUGCCACUUUUUGGGGCGUAAUUAGCAAGUAUUCAAGAGUUUAUGAAGAAAAUCAAACAGAGAAUAAAAUAUACAAGUAUUUAGAUCCAUUACUUUCUAUUAAGAUAGUUAUUCAACCGAGCAUGCUAGGAGUUAUUGAUAUUGAAAAAAUAGAAAUUUCUUCAAAAUCCAAACUUGGUUAUUUUCGUAAAGAACUUGAAAACGUAUUUCUUGAUACCCAAUUAUUGAAUUUUGUCAAAGAGGUUGAAAGCAAUUUAGGAGAUGAACAAGGAAACUACUCUGAAAAGUUCGAUUUUAAAGAUUUUAAAGUCCCUUUAAGAAGAACCGUUGUUUACGAUUCUGAACUUAUCCCAAAUAUAAGUCAAGGUAAAAAAGAAACACUAAUAAUAGUGAGAGCAUCAGCUAAUUUAAAAUAUUGCUCUAACAAAACUGGAUCUUGGCACAGUGAAUGGAAAUUUGAAUUUCCUGAAAAUGAUUCACAGGAAACUUUAAAAUGGAUUGGAAGUAUAUAUAUGCAUUCCUAUAACUCAGAGUGUGGAAAUUCUCACUUUGUUUAUAAGAAUGAUAACAUAAUCGUAAAUAUCGUCUCUAAUAAGCAUUCCUCAAAAGAACUUAUAAAGGACCCAUCACUUUUUGCAAAGCUAUCUUCAACAAUGAUCUCUGAAAAAGAAAGAUAUAUCCAGUCGAAGAUUAAUGAUUCGGUUUCACUAUUCAAAAACAAGUAUAUAAAAAAAUUGAGGAGAAUACUACCUAUAAAUCCUAUAAAAUUUGACUGGGGAAGGUGUUACAACUCUUUACAAGACCCACUAAAUGAGUCUAUACUGAAUAACACGAAUUUCUAA